GAUCUGAAAUAUUAAAAUAUGCUUUUCAAAAUAAGAAUACAAAAAUUGAAUGACAAAAGAUUAUCAAACAAUCUUUUGUCUCUUAAUCAAGUCUGAGCAAUCGAUUAAAAAUAGAAAUUUCCAAAAAAGAUUCAAUCUAAUAUUUCUCAAAUUUCUGGAAUUUCUAGAAAUUAAAUUCUAUUUUAUUUAAUAAGCUGCAAGAUCUGAAAUAUUAAAAUAUGCUUUUCAAAAUAAGAAUACAAAAAUUGAAUGACAAAAGAUUAUCAAACAAUCUUUUGUCUCUUAAUCAAGUCUGAGCAAUCGAUUAAAAAUAGAAAUUUCCAAAAAAGAUUCAAUCCCUACUGGCUAAAAUGAAUCCCGCUUGCAAGCUGAGUUUAGAAAGCCCCGAGUGCCAGGACUGGAUGAGCGAGGUAUGUGCCCAUUGCAGCCACCUGCUGCCCGAUCCCAGGCAGGCGGAGCUCUGGGACACCUGGUGGCCGGAUGAGCCGGCGGCGCCCUUCAAACCUCGGGUCAGCCUGAUGUCGGCCUACGACUGUCACAAGCUGCGCAAAGAGGUGGCCCGCGAGGUAGCCAAGCGGGAUAAAGUGGAUGAACACGACCAUGGCUUGGGCGAAGGUGACCAUCCGGUUGAGUGGACGCUCUGCCGGAUCAUCCUGGUGAUAUUAGUGCUAGCCACUGUUCUCUUAACCAUAAUAUGUGCUUUCCGAAUGCUUAUUGGUGGCAUUCGCCGAUUGUGGAAGGCUCCAAGGCCACCUUCAUCGCCACGCACGGCGGAAGAGAAGCAGAAGACACCGCCACCUAAAAAUGAUGUGGAGAGCACCAAACCUCCGCCGGAAGAGCCCUCCAAGCCGUCAAAGCACCCCAGGUCAUUUUUAUCCUUUGGGCGGAACUCCGAUCCACGCACCCGUUAUGGCCCUUACAAUAACCAGAAGCUAUUUUCGACCGCCCCCUCGCCGGAUCAGCGUCUGUCUUCCACUAGGCCGGAGCCAGAGGCACAGGCACGGAAAACUCAACGACCAGAGUCCGCCGAACGACAGGAGCACGUCGAACAGCAAUCGCUGAGAAACAAAUCGGCCACAAAAUAACCGUCGAGGGAUCCGGAUUCCGGACCCGGCCAAAAAAUCGACAACAAAUUCAAAGGAUGUCGGAGCCGUGCGCUCAAUCGCGGAUAAGAUUUAUGAAAUGUGUUCCGCCCCGAUUUGUUCUCUUUUGCCCGGAUCGCUUCUAGUUACUUUGGUUUCCUUUUUUUACGCAUCGAACGAGUGCAGUGGCGAAACACAAAAACAAAUAAAUAUUCAACCAAACAGUGGUUAAAAAAUACUGCAAACAAAAUAUAUAUAAAUAAAU